CUAACAACAAUCUUCCCUCCACAUCUAUCAUUCACAACACAAACUAAAAAUUCCCUCUUUCCCUCGUUUUCUGCUCUUCCUCCAUCUCCUUCCCCUAACCCCCACUUUCCCUCAAAAACCCAAAAUUCCGCCCCACUCUCUCUCUAAACCCCUCCACUUUCUCUCUCUACAGCCUUCCCCUCAGAUCCCCACUCCUGGCCACCGCCGUUCCGAUUCCCCACCGAUUCCUCACAGCUCAACUUCCCUUUUCCGAUGUCCAGCGGCGGCGCUCCUGCCUCCUCCCACCCACCGCCUCCCUCUGCGGGGGCAAGCUCCGCGCCGCCAUCCGCACCGAUUCUUCCCCCCCUCAGGGGCAACCUCGCUUUCGUCUCGAUGAAGCCGCCCUUUGUUGCUCCCGACGAUUACCAUCGCUUCACUUCUCCCGCUGCCCCCUCUAAGCUUGCCGAUCGGGAAGCCGAGGCUAUCAUCGUGAGAUCUCCAUUGAAAAGAAAGAUCAGACUAGACGAUAAUGGAAUUGAUUCCAGCAAGUUUACAAGCAGUCCCGGACAGACUGAUGUGUCUAGUAGUCCUUAUCACACCCCGGUAUCUGUUGCUAAAGGGGGGAGAACAAACAACAGGGCUAAGUCGACAAAGAGUAAUAAAUCGGUUCCUCAGACGCCAGUGUCAAAUCCUGACAUUGCAGGUUCCCCAUCUGCACUUACUCCUGCCGGCAGCUGCCGAUAUGAUAGUUCCUUAGGUCUCUUAACGAAGAAGUUCGUCAAACUAAUAAGGGAGGCAGAAGAUGGGAUUAUUGAUCUUAAUAAAGCUGCAGAAACCUUGGAGGUGCAAAAGCGGCGUAUAUAUGACAUAACAAAUGUCUUGGAGGGAAUUGGUCUGAUUGAGAAGACACUUAAGAAUAGAAUACGAUGGAAGGGUGCUGAUGCUUCUAAUUCAGGGAAUUCAGAUGGCAAUUCCUCUCAAUUACAGGCAGAAAUCGAAAAGCUUUCACUGGAAGAGCAAAAUCUGGAUAAUCAAAUAAGAGAAACGCAGGAGAGACUGAGAAAUUUGAGUGAAGAUGACAAUAAUCGAAAGUGGCUUUUCGUCACAGAAGAUGAUAUUAAGACCCUCCCGUGUUUUCUGAAUGAAACCCUCAUAGCUAUUAAAGCUCCCCAUGGAACAACUUUGGAAGUUCCUGAUCCUGCUGAAGCUGUUGAUUAUCCACAGAGGAGAUACCGCAUAAUCCUUAGAAGUACAAUGGGUCCUAUUGAUGUCUAUCUUGUAAGCAAAUUUGAGGAAAAUUUUGAGGAGGCCAAUGAAGUAGGGCCCUCAACUAGCUUUCCACAACAUGCUUCUAGCUCAAGUUCAGGUGUAAACACACGGAUGGAGAUGGUUUCUACUAGUCCGAGAAUCGAGAAGGCAGUGGAACGUCCAGUAUUGCAAGAUGCUCAUCAUCAUCAUAUGUUCUCGGACUUCAACGCUUCACCGGAGUAUGUAGGAGGAAUGAUGAAGAUUGUUCCUUCAGAUGCCGAUAAUGAUGCAGAUUAUUGGCUUCUUUCUGACGGGGGUGACAUUAGCAUCACCGACAUGUGGAAGACAGAUGGUAUCCUUGCAGAUUUUUAUUCUUCUCCUUCAACUCCCCCACGACCUGCUGACUUUGGGAUGGAGGAAGUCCACACUCCUCUGCCUCAGACUCCAUCAUCAAGGAUUGGUUGACAAGUCUUCUGGCAUAUUGUGAGAUCGACUCCUGGGGACUGUACAAAUUGAGCUAAGAUCAAGCAAACGGUCAUCAUUUUUCAGCAAAAGCAACAAUCAUCACUGCCUAAAGGACUUGUCACGCAGAGGCUCAAUUCUCCAGGAAGCUGACAGAUGGGGUAAGUUAACAAACAUUGCCUAUACUCUAAUUUUACCUUUACGUCUGUCUGUUGGAAGUGUGAAAAGGAAGAGAAAUAGGUGGGGGGAAACGUGGUGAGUGAAUGCUUUAGUAUGUAGUUGGGUAGUGUAGGACACACAUCAUAACAGAGUUUGUGGAGAGAAGAAACCAAGAAGUCGGAUUUGCAACUAUUUCGUUGAGAAUGUGAAUGUCCUUUGCAAUUGUGAUACCCAGUACCGACUGCUAUAGAAGAAUUAGUUUCAACCUUGGUAGGAAAACAAAUGUAACUGCUCUCACAACAUGGGACAAAAACAGAGUACGAGAUGAUAGGUGAACAGCAUUUCUCAACCAGAAUUUCUUCAUUUUUAUAGUUGUCUCUCAUCAUAGUUUUGUACACACUUCAAGUGAAAUUAUUAACAUGAUGUCAUUCAUGGAUGUAGGCUUCGAACUGCCCUCGUUUUCUUGGGUGAAUUCACCACCUGUCUUGUACUAUGACUGCCUCUGUGGUUGCAGCCUGUAAAACUCACAAAUGUUAGAUCGAUCUCGCAAGUAAUUCAUUGGUGGAAUUUCACGCUCUACCAUUUUUACCAGUGUUAUUGAAGUCGAGCCAAGCCGCUCGGUCCGACCGGUAAAAUCGCCACCCUGUCAAAAAAUUGGCUUGGAACAGUCUAAAAGCCGCUCCGAUUUUAUGUAGCGGUUGACGAGCGGCCGAGACGGUUAACCGCUCGUUCGAUUUUUGCGAUUAAGCCGUUAAAUUUAAUUAAAAAAAAUGCAGAAAAUUAAAAAUUGAAGUAAACAAAAAACGUCGAGCUCUCAAACUGAAUCCUUAUUUCCAUUUCAAAAUUUUGAAGGAAAGAGACAAGCUCUGAUUAAGAAAUGUCCACUAUUUAU